CAAAAACAAAAAAAAACAUUUGAAUACAAUUAAUAGUUAAUAGCUGACGCGUUUAUUAUUCAUUUCCCAACAAUAAAUGAUUAUCGUUUUGUAGUUUAUUAAUUAUUUAAAAAAACUGAAGAAACUUCCAAUUUUUUCAAAAGUCCGAAUAAAUAAAACAAAGUUUAGUUAGUCAUCAACAAUGGAUUCUGAAACUAAAAAAAUAAAUAAAAAUAAAAGAAAACGACAAAACUCACAGAGGGUAUUUCCUUCUGCAGGAGUAAAAAAUUCAAAUGAUCUCGAAACAUCAACAACAAAAGUGGAUCCUAAAGCCAAUCAUACGAAGAGUAAUAAAAGAAAAAGAAGAAAUUUUCAAAAGAUCUCUCCUUCUUCAACAGAAACGAAUUCGUCUGACUCCCAUCUAUCAUCAGUGGACCCCCAAUAUCGAUCCGUAUCGUGCGUAUAUGAAGAUCGUGGAAGGAAGUAUUCAAUGGCUUUUUGGAAAUUGAAUCCUUACAACAAUGGAAUUUUGUACUACAAAGUCCAAAUCAUUGAUUACUUCCACAUAUCUAAAGAUUAUAAUCGCCUCUUUUUUGAUGGACAAAAAGAUUAUUUACUGGUUCAAAAUUGGGGGUUACUUGGCACGCAAGACUUUCGCGAUACUUCAGAAAAAUUACCGCUUGAAUGCUGUAUCAAUAGAUUUUACUAUUUAAUCAAUUGUUAUCAACAGUAUGAACACUACUUACCACUUAUUGAUUCACCCGAAACCAAUGAAGUGAAUUUGUCAUUUCCUGUGCAAAAACUUAUUAAAUUCAUAUAUUCAAAUAAUAUGAUUGCUAAAAAUGACUUAAAUAACAAUUCAUUAGUUGAUUGUUAUAAAAAAUUGAACUCUAAUAUUUCCGUACUCGAUAGAAAUUCCGUAAUGUUUGAUAUAAUACAACAAUAUAUAACUAACACACACUCUGAAUUCCACUAUCAUUUUAGAGUGAUGAUAAAUGACGUAUUCAUGGUUGAUAGAUACGGCGAAGACGAUAAUUACAUGAGAAAUCUUCAUAAUAAAAAAUUACUUUGGCAUGGGACUAAAAUGAGUAAUAUCUGUGCUAUUUUAUCAAACGGUUUGAAAAUCUCUCCCCUCAAUGCCAAGCACACGGGUCAUAUGUUUGGUAAGGGAAUUUAUUUUACUAAUGUUGUUUCGAAAGCCGCUAACUACAGUAAAACUAAUGUCGGACAAGGGGAUCAUCAGGGCAUUUUAUUAUUAUGUGAAGUUGCGUUGGGAAAUGUUAUGGAGUUAUACAAUGCGACAAAUAUAACGCAAUUGCCGUCUGAUGUACAUUCAGUAUUUGUUAGAGGAAUCAGCAGCCCACAGAAUUAUAUAAACAUUUCCCAGGGAGUUGAAGUUCCUUAUGGGCCGCUUGUUAAUGUGCCACUUUCCCAAAUACCACAGUUUCGUCACAAUCAAUUUGUUAUUUAUAAUACUGCGCAAGUUAGAAUUCGGUACCUUGUUUGCGUCAGUUAUGACUGUCUGUCAUGAGGCAUAGAAGAGAUGUAACUUUUUAUGUCUCUGAAGAUCUGAACGUUUUUUCCGGAGCGAAAAUAAAAAAAAUUUAUGAAAUUUUACUGAUUAGUGACUGCUGGGUAGUUGGGGUGGCUGCAAUUUUCAGUUGACACGAGCAUGUAAGCAAACUAGGGGUGUGCGAAUAGUUAGAAUUUAUGAAUUAUUCGUUUCGGAUCGAAUCGAAUACUUCGGCAGUGUUACAAUUCUUCUCAAAAAAUCUCUACUCAAGGGAAGUAGCGACAACUCGACUUACUCACAACUUUACUCAGCUUCAACUCUACUCAUAGAUUUUUUGUAUUCAGGUUUAACUCUACUCAGUUAUAUCUUAACUCAGCUUCAAUUAGAUUCAGCGACAACUUUCUUCAGCUACAACUCUACUCAUGUAUUUUAGACUAUCGAUAAAAUAACAAUUCUUUGUGAGUAGAGUUGUAGCUGAGUAAAGAUAUAACUGAGUAGAGUUAAACCUGAGUAAAAAAACUGUGAGUAGAGUUGAGACUGAAUAAAGUUGUGAGUGAGUAGAGUUGUAGCUACUUCCCUUGAGUAGAGAUGUUGUGAGUAAAAUUGUAACACUGCAACUCGAGUUAUUUGUAAAUUUUGGAAUAAUUCAAAUUUUUGUCAGAGGAAAAUAGAGCUUAGACACGAAUCUACAAAAAAAUUUACUUUUGCUGACUUUAAAAACUAAGCUCUCGAUUAAACAAAAACUGAAAAUUUAAAAGCUGACCAAAAUUUUCUUGAUUCAAAUUGAAUAACUUGAAAAAUUACGAAUAAUUUUAAAACUUGUGGGUAAUUUUAAAAUUGACCAAUAAUUUGAAAAGUUAUGAAUAAAUCGAAUUGUUUCGAGAUUAGAUUCCAAUCGAUUCGCACAUCUCUAAUGCGAUCCAUUUCAAAAAUUUAGAUCGAGUAAAUUUUUUACUGUUCGUUUCGUUUUUUUUAUUUUCGUUCCGUGAAAAACGUUCCGAUCUUGGGGUCCGUAUUUUUUUGUAAGCUUAUAUAACAUAAUUUAAGACGAGUUUAUAUGCUAUUUAUAAAUUAUUAUAACAAUUACAUAUUUAACUAGUUAACUAUUGGAUAAAAAAAUAGUUUAUGAAUUUUUAAGAGUGUUUUGGAUCAUUAAAAUUUCAUUUAAAUGAAACUAAGAAUGAAUAAAACGUUUAUGUCAUAUUUUUUUAAUUAAACAUGAAAUGUAUGUCUAAAAAGACGCUAUUA